GACGGACACCCAAGGGGGGAAAGUUUGAAUAAAAUACAAGAGAAUGGCACCAGUGUGGAGUGGUGGAGCAACGCUUUCGAACGGCUGAUCCCUUCAGGACUUUUGCAUUAAAAAAAGUUGCAGAAAUCGAACCGUUUCCUUCCAAUCAAUCUUCAACGAGACGUUGCAUUUUUUUUUUUUUUUUACAAAAAGGACGAUUAAAUAUGACAGCUUCUCGCAUCGCGUCAUCACUUUUACUCCUGGUGCUGAUGCAGUCCGUACCCGGCUUUUGCGCGCGGAGGUUCCGGGGUGGCCGCAAUCCGCAACCGCGACGCGCGCCGCCUCCUCCCACGUAUCGGUCGGCGAACAACCGGGGCGACACCACGGAGAGUUUCCCGCUGGAUUUCACCGCCGUGGAGGAGAACAUGGAUAACUUCAUGACUCAAGUCAAGAACCUGGCGCAGUCUCUGUAUCCGUGCUCGGCGCAGAAGCUCGACCAUGACAUGAGGCUCAACUUUCUGGAGAACGCGUCAGUCACCUGCAACGACGGAAGCCCUGCAGGGUUUUACCUGAAAGAAUCCCGAGGAAGCAGACGUUGGUUGAUAUUCCUGGAGGGAGGUUGGUACUGCUUCAACAAAGAGAACUGUGACAGCCGAUACGAGACUAUGAGGAGGCUAAUGAGCUCGUCCAAGUGGCCUCAAACUAAAACAGGCACCGGGAUCCUGUCUCCACUGCCUGAGGAAAACCCUCACUGGUGGAAUGCCAACAUGGUGUUUAUCCCGUACUGCUCCAGCGACGCGUGGAGUGGCGCCACCGCCAAAACAGAGCACAGUGGCUACGCUUUUAUGGGCUCGCUGAUCAUUCAAGAGGUCGUAAAAACCUUGCUUAAAAAGGGCCUGGACAACGCCAAGGUUCUGCUUCUGGCCGGGAGCAGUGCUGGUGGGACGGGGGUCCUGCUGAAUGUGGACCGAGUGUCGGAGCUUCUGGAGGGACUCGGACACACCGGGAUACAAGUGCGGGGCCUCUCGGAUUCUGGCUGGUUCCUGGACAACAAGCAAUAUGACUUUACCGACUGCGUGGAUGCGGUCAGCUGUGCCCCCACUGAGACCAUCAAGAGAGGAAUCAAGUACUGGGGAGGAGUGGUGCCAGAGAGGUGCAAACAAGCCCACGAAGGAGAGGAGUGGAACUGUUUCUUUGGCUACAGAGUCUUCCCAACUAUAAAAAGUCCGGUUUUUGUGGUCCAGUGGCUGUUUGACGAAGCCCAGUUGACUGUGGACAACGUUCAGUUGACAGGUCAACCAGUACAGGAAGGCCAGUGGCGUUAUAUCCAAAAUCUUGGCAUUGAGCUAAGGAACACUCUUAAAGAUGUCCCGGCCAUGUUUGCCCCCGCAUGCCUCUCACAUGAAGUUAUUAUAAGAAAUUACUGGACCGACGUGCAGGUCAAAGGCACGUCCUUGCCCCGGGCUCUGCACUGCUGGGACCGCAGCCUCCAUGACAACAGGAACAACAAAGCCCCGCCUAAAGGCUGCCCGGUGCAUUUGAUCGACAGCUGCCCGUGGCCGCACUGCAACCCCACUUGCCCCACCAUCCGAGACCAGUUCACAGGCCAGGAGAUGAAUGUCAUUCAGUUUCUUAUGCACAUGGGCUUUGACGUGCAGAAGAUGGCCCAGCAGCAGGGCAUGGACCCCAGUAAGCUACUAGGCAUGCUUAGCAGCGGCAGCUAAAGGGAACGAAUGACGGCGACAAAACACACCUACAGUAUGUUCAAGCUAAAGCCCGAGUAGGGUUGUGACUGGGUUUUUUUUUUUUUUUGGCCAGUAACCAUACCUGAUACCUCCGACCACCUUCUCUAGCUAGUCUAUAACCCUUCUGAUCUACUGUUUACUGUUUUUUUUACGAACCUCAACAUCAAAAACAGGGCUUAUACAUAUACCCUAUAAACCUUCCCUCGUAUGUCACUACUGGUCACAAGUACUGGGGCUCCGGAUGAGGCAUAACUACAGUAAACCUCGGAUAUAUCGGAUUCAAUUGUUCCCACUGGUUUUGUCCGAUAUAAGCGAAAUCCGUUAUAUGCGUAUACCGGAAAAUGUCCGUUUUACGCAUAUAUCGGAUUUAUAUCCGGUAUAUGCGUAAAUCGGAUUUUAUCCGUAAUAAAAAGGCACUUCCUUGACUAUGUUUCCAAUGUACCUGGACUGGGCAAUGAAAAGAGACGUAAGGUAAUGAGAAUUUAACUUUAUUGGACUCUGAGCAUAACAAAUUGUUAAUUAAGCUAGGCCCUGUUACGCCCGUCAGGCCUGCGUUAUUUCCAAUAGUGAGGUUAAGAUCUCAUUCACUGCUGUGCUAGUAUUAUUGACGUCACUCACUUUUAUAUUUGUCUUAAAUCUGGAGCCAGGAGAAAGACAAUAGCCAGUGACAUCAACAAGAUUAGCAUAACGAUGCGGCCAUCCGAUAUAUGCGAGGGAAAUUUAAUGGAAAUGCAUUGGAACGGGACUGGAGAUUUUGUCCGAAAUAGGCGAAAUCCGUUAUAAAAAAUCCGAUAUAUGCAAUGGAUUUUUAUUGGAAAUGCAUUACAGAAAAAUCGGUUCUUUUUUAUCUGUCCGUUGUGAGCGAAUUUCUGAUAUAUCCGAGUCCGAUAUAUCCGAGGUUUACUGUACAUAACCCUAUAAACCUUCCCUCGUAAGUCACUACUGGUCACAAGUACUGGGGCUCCAUAUGAGGCAUAACUACGGUAUUUGCUACUCAACUCGGAAUCUUGGAAUCCAGUUUUAAGGAAGCUACCACAGAUUGAAAUUAGCCGAAAACACUGCCCUGGUGCCCUAUUGUCGCCUGUUGACUUGACAACUGUAGUGUUUCAGUGUUUUGAUUAUCUACACACACCAGAGUGCCAUUUAAAGUGCCCCGUCCCGAAAACAUACUGUAGUCAUAUAAGGUACUUUUAUCAAUCCUCAGAUCAAUGCAAUGAGCAUCUAAAGGGAGACAAAUGUCUAUUGUACAUUGUUUAGAGUAUUUGUAUAGAUUCUUUCAAGUGUUCACGACUCCAUUCUUAUAUUUCAUAAUAGAGAUCACCUUUUAAUAUAAUGGCAAUGCUGUAUGUAAUGAUGUCUUUAUAAGCGAUGUCAACCGAAGGAAACGGUAUUACUAAUUGUAAUUUUAUUCUGUAACAUAUUUUUUAAAACAGGAGAAACUACAUCGGUUAUUUACAUAUUUAUUUUGCUAUGUAAAUCAUAUUUAUAAGUGCUAUUUUUUUUUUUGCAGAGAAGUGAUUCUUUGUCAAUUGUAAAUACAUGGUUGUUUUUUUUUUUCUCUUUGUGUUGACUGCAUAUCUUUGUAUGAGACCAAAAAGAAAAGACACAUUACAUACGUACAAAGGAAUGCUGUC